AUGAGGCGGCCCAAAGUGCUGCUCACCGGUACUCCCGGUGUUGGGAAAACCACGCUGGGCAAAGAGCUGGCCGCCAGAGCGGGGCUCGUCUACGUUAACGUAGGUGACCUGGCUAAAGAAGGAGAACUGUAUGAAGGCUUUGAUGAGGAAUAUGGAUGUCCAAUUUUGGAUGAGGACAGAGUAAUUGAUGAACUAGAAGACAAAAUGAAUGAGGGUGGAGUUAUUAUCGAUUAUCAUGGCUGUGAUUUUUUCCCAGAAAGGUGGUUUCAUAUAGUAUUUGUACUUCGUACAGAAAAUUCAGUUUUGUAUGACAGACUUGAAAGCAGGGGCUACAAAGGAAAAAAACUGCAGGACAAUAUUCAGUGUGAAAUUUUUCAGACACUUUAUGAGGAAGCCAUGUCAUCUUAUAGAGAGGAAAUUGUGCAUCAGUUACCCAGCAACACUCCAGAGGACCUAGAGAGAAAUUUGGAUCAGAUUAUGCAAUGGAUUGAGCAAUGGAUGAAAGACAACAAUUGACAUCUGGAAGAAAAGUAACUCCUUUCGUGGAGGGGUUUAAUAAGUGACAUUCAUAAUUCUU